GGAGGGGCUUCCAGAAAGACCCUGCGGCAGCGCCCCCACUCGGCUCUCCCCGCAGGAGAGCGGGCACCUGCGCGGCGCCGGGUGAAGGCGAGCGCCUCGGCGAGCCCUCUGCAGCGGAGCCCCCUGCCCAUUUGGUUUUGGAACCACCGGGAGGAACUGGGCCGUUCUAACACCCGUUGCUACCAUGCUGGCCACCCGCCUCUCCAGACCCCUGUCACGGCUCCCAGGAAAAACCCUAAGUGCCUGUGAUAGAGAAAAUGGAGCAAGAGCAACACUGGGGGUCAUGGGAAUACAGACUGAUGCUCUUUGGAUGGAGUCAUUCACGAGCUUUGGGUGUACCGACCACACUAUCCUGAUCACUUGAGACCAUCUGUGCACAAGGACUUAAAAUCCAGACUCCUCUGUGGCAGUACAAAAGGACAGGGGGUUACCUUGGCAGGUUUUCCUAGUGAACCCUCAUUUCUGUCUAGUGAAUUUAAUGUUCUUUAAGAACAUAUUUUAAUAAUUUUUUAAAAGCUUAAUAUGUUGAAUAGGUAAUAUAUUUACAUGGUACAAAAUUUGAAUGGCAGGCCGGGCACCGUGGCUCAUGCCUGUGAUCCCAGCACUUUGGGAGGCCAAGGCAGGCGGAUCACCUGAGGUCAGGAGUUCGAGACCGGCGUGGCCAACAUGGUGAAACCCCGUCUCUACUAAAAAUACAAAAAUUGGCCAGGUGUGGUGAUGCAAGCCUGUAGUCCCAGCUACUCAGGAGGCUGAGGCAGGAGAAUCGCUUGAACCCAGGAGGCAGAGGUUGCAGUGAGCUGAGGUCGUGUCACUGCACUCCAGCCUGGGCAACAAGAGUGAAACUCUGUCUCAAAAACAAAACAAAACAAAACAAAAAACAAAAUUUGAAUGGCGUCAAAUGGUAUACAGAAAAGUAUCCUGGUUGUGAUAUGGUAAUACAGUUUUGCAAGAUACUACCCUUAGGGGAAAUGAGACGCCCACUAUUGCUUGGUUCUACUUCCUUUAUCCCGAUUGGCCGUCGGACUUAUGCCAGUGCGGCGGAGCCGGUUGGCAGCAAAGCUGUCCUGGUCACAGGCUGUGACUCUGGAUUUGGGUUCUCAUUGGCCAAGCAUCUGCAUUCAAAAGGCUUCCUUGUGUUUGCUGGCUGCUUGAUGAAGGACAAAGGCCAUGAUGGGGUCAAGGAGCUGGACAGCCUAAACAGUGACCGAUUGAGAACCGUCCAGCUCAAUGUCUGCAGCAGCGAAGAGGUGGAGAAAGCGGUGGAGAUUGUCCGCUCGAGCCUGAAGGACCCUGAGAAAGGGAUGUGGGGCCUCGUUAACAAUGCCGGCAUCUCAACGUUCGGGGAGGUGGAGUUCACCAGCCUGGAGACCUACAAGCAGGUGGCAGAAGUGAACCUUUGGGGCACAGUGCGGAUGACGAAAUCCUUUCUCCCCCUCAUCCGAAGGGCCAAAGGCCGCGUCGUCAAUAUCAGCAGCAUGCUGGGCCGCAUGGCCAACCCGGCCCGCUCCCCGUACUGCAUCACCAAGUUCGGGGUAGAGGCUUUCUCGGACUGCCUGCGCUAUGAGAUGUACCCCCUGGGCGUGAAGGUCAGCGUGGUGGAGCCCGGCAACUUCAUCGCUGCCACCAGCCUUUACAGCCCUGAGAGCAUUCAGGCCAUCGCCAAGAAGAUGUGGGACGAGCUGCCUGAGGUCGUGCGCAAGGACUACGGCAAGAAGUACUUUGAUGAAAAGAUCGCCAAGAUGGAGACCUACUGCAGCAGUGGCUCCACAGACACGUCCCCUGUCAUCGAUGCUGUCACACACGCCCUGACCGCCACCACCCCCUACACCCGCUACCACCCCAUGGACUACUACUGGUGGCUGCGAAUGCAGAUCAUGACCCACUUGCCUGGAGCCAUCUCCGACAUGAUCUACAUCCGCUGAAGAGUCUCGCUGUGGCCUCUGUCAGGGAUCCCUGGUGGAAGGGGAGGGGAGGGAGGAACCCAUAUAGUCAACUCUUGAUUAUCCACGUGUGGAUUAUCCACCAUGCCAGGAAGACCCAUAACUGGUUUUAACACUAACUAGAGGGAAUGACUUCUUUGCAUAGUGAGUGACUUGGGCCUUCACAAAGAGGGUGUGGAGUGGCAGGCAGGGGCCCCUAAAUCUCAGGGCAAACAUGGUGAAUCUAUCUCUCUGGAGAUAAUUUCAUACAGAGAUUUUAAGAAAACAUCUUUAUAUUAAAAACAGAUUUAUUGUAGAAUAGAAUCAAAACUCCUUUAUGUCUUCAAGUCAAAUUAUCAGUUUUUAAAAAUUAUCUCCUUUGAUCCUUAAGCCAGUCUCAUGAAUGAAAAGGACAGGUUUUUUUCUUUUGUACAUGAAGCAUUUGCAGCUUAAAGAGGAUGCAUGAAAUAACCCUUUUAUCGCUUAUAAAUAGUGCCAGUCAUGUGUUCCCACCACGGCUGUGGAAAUACUUCACAUUUGCAUUCCAGGACUGUUUUGGAUCCAUUUGCCCAAGAAUCUUCUGACUAACUCUGUGUCCUCAUCUGAGCAGCACAUACCAAGUGCCCACUGGUACCUCUGCAUGUCCAUGGUGCUGUGUGACUGGCCAGCCAGCAGCCAGUGACUCAGAGCUGGCUGUAUGGAGGGGGUGGGAAUGUUUCUGGAGAUUUUUUUUUUCCAGACACAGUCUUGCUCAGUCCCCUAGGCUGGAGUGCAAUGGCACCAUCUCCGCUCACUGCAACCUCCGCCUCCCUGGUUCAAGCGGUUCUCCUGCCUCAGCCUUCCAAGUAGCUGGGGUUAUAGGCACCCACCACCAUGCCGGGCUAAUUUUUGUAUUUUUAGUAGAGAUGGGGUUUCACCAUGUUGGCUAGGCUGGUCUCGAACUCCUGACUUCAAGUGAUCCGCCUGCCUUGGCCUCCCAAAGUGCUGGGAUUACAGGCAUGAGAUUUUUACUUGAGAUUUUUCCAUCCUCUUUUAGGACUCAGGAUAGACUUGUGUGGAGGUGCUCUCUGGCUAAGGGGAUAAGUUGUUACUGGUUUGGGUCUGCUUGAUUUUGCCUUGGGUGGGGCCAGUGUCGAUGGGGCAGGCUUGGCACGAGCAGUGGUGCCAUGGCAGGGCACUGUGGCAUCUUCUCCCCUAGCAGUGGAUUUGGGGUCCCUGCUUGCCUCACGUGGUGCUUACACACAUGCGCGCGCGCGCGCGCACACACACACACACACGCCCCUGUUCUGCAGGGCUUCAGCGUGGCCUUCAUUCCCGCCUCGCCUCGGCCUAUUUUCAAUUAAGAAGUGAUGCCACUUGAGGCAGGGUCUGCAUGAUCACUUCUUGGGUUUGAGUUUGAAAGCUGCCAUCCCUGCAACUGCCCAGGGCCUGUAUGUUGGGACCGAAACCAAACGCCACUGUCCUCCAGGGGGCUUUCGGCCCGGGGCAGGGUCCCGAGUGCCCGCCUUACAAAUCGGACUCAACGUUUCCGCCUCUCCCUGGGCGCGCUGGGCCUGCCGCUAGAGGGCGCUCCUCCUCCGCAGCCGGCGCCGGCCUCCGAGGCCCCAGACUCCCGAGCUGCCGCCCGAGCCCGAGGUUUCUCACGGCGUUCGGGAUUCUCACUUCGGAAACUGGGAACAAAGAAGCAAGCAACACCCUUUAGAAACAGUGUUCUCGCUCUCCUAGCAGCUGGCCCGAACCUGGAGGCUGGUGCCAGGAGAAGGCAGAAGAACCCGGGCAGCUGGAGUGGGCUGUGGGGUUCAGGCAGUGCCAAGGAAGAAGGGUCUCACAAUGGGCAAAUUCAGCUCGCCUCUCGGGCCUUUGUCCCCGCUGUCUUCAAACAGGGAUCCCCUGUCCCAGCUCCCCUAGGAGGAGGGAGGGGAGGCAGGCAGGGCUGAAACCCUCCAGAGCGCAGAGGGGGACGCUUGGUGGCCACUGCAGUUACAUAAAACCCUCCAGAGCACAGAGGGGGACGCUUGGUGGCCACUGCAGUUACAUAAAACCCUCCAGAGCACAGAGGGGGACGCUUGGUGGCCACUGCAGUUACAUAAAACCCUCCAGAGCACAGAGGGGGACGCUUGGUGGCCACUGCAGUUACAUAAAACCCUCCAGAGCACAGAGGGGGACGCUUGGUGGCCACUGCAGUUACAUAACCAUAGGAUGCUUUUGUACCGUGGACCUUGUUCUAGCAGGAUCCUUUCGGAAUUGCAUUUUUACAUGUUGGGCGAAUUUGUUUUCGUGCUGAAGUUUAUUAAAGGAAAAUAGAUGGA